UUUUUUUUUAGCUCAAAGUUGGUACACUCUUUCUGAAAAGAAACGACAGUUAUUAAUGGAUGUAGUUAGAUGAAGCUUUUAUAGAUCAGAUAUUGCUAGCAAGCUAACAUGCUGGGAAGUGCUUCUAGCUAGCAGGUUAGCUGCAUCUUUUCAUCAUUUGGGUUCAUCUAGUUAUUAUCGGAGUCCUUUUUUGAUUAAGCAGCUAAUACAGCGCAUCACACGGAGAAAUAAAGAUGAAUUAUUCGGAUUACGACUCGGAUGGUUAUUCUUCAAAUGAAGAUGAAGACUACGUCCCUUCUGAUGAUAACCUGAGCGAGGAUGACAUGAAUGAAUGUGUAAAGGAGGAUGCACUGGAAGGGGAGGAUCACAUCGCACAGCAGUCAGAGCAAGUAAAGAAGAUGAAGAAGAAAUCUAAAGCAAACAUCCCCAUGAGGAAAAGGAAAAAAGGAGGACUCAAACUAGAAGAAAAUGAUGAAGGUGGUUCAGCAGACCAACAGAAAGGUGAAGAUAACGCAGAAGAGGAUCAUUUCAGUCACGUUCAGUCUCAAGAGGACAUUGCAGAGAAACAUAAGAAGAAAGCAGAUGAUCUUUGGGCUAGUUUUUUGAGUGAUGUUGGCCCUCGACCCAAAGCAGCACCUCCAUGUGUGGACUCUCAGCAGUUCACAUCUACGACUGAUACAGAUAAGACCAGUAAACCCUCGACAGCAUCUCAGCAGCAGGAGGACAAACCAAAAGAAUCCUCCAAAAUCACAAUCACCAAGGUGUUUGACUUUGCAGGAGAAGAGGUUCGGGUCACCAAAGAGGUGGACGCAGACUCACGAGAGGCCAAGAGUUUUCUGAAGAAGGAGGAUAAGGUCCUAAAGGAGAAAGAAGAGUCCUCUGGGCCACAGCCAUCCGUAUCGCUCUCCUCUGGAUCCAGUGUGAAGAGGCCAGCGGGCAUGGGGAGCAUCCUGAAUCGCAUUGGGGCCAAAAAGCAGAAGAUGAGCACUUUGGAGAAGUCCAAGAUGGACUGGAAUGCCUUUAAAACAGAGGAGGGCAUUGCAGAUGAGCUGGCAAUCCAUAAUCGAGGCAAAGAAGGGUACGUGGAGCGAAAGAACUUCCUAGAGCGAGUGGACCAGCGGCAGUUUGAGUUGGAGAAGAGUGUGCGUCUGAGCAACAUGAAACGGUGACAAGAGGAGAGAGCAGACAUAUUCACUGAUCAAAACACAGACUGUCCCAUAUACACACCCUGCAUACACUCUCGGUUUUCAUUGUCACAUAGAUCCCUGACCUGUAGCUCCCCAAAACAAAAACUGGACUGCCUUCACAAUCGAAUGUACAGCUGCCAUAUUGUCUUUUCCUUCUUCCGCUCUUACUUUGUCCAAUAUUGCAUGUCCACUUUUAUCAGGGCUUUUUUAACAUGAAAGGAUUUCUUAUCGCACAGGUUUGAAUCCUUCCCCUUUUCAAAACUAUAAUAAUCUGUGAGAUAUUUUUCGGACAAUGAAAGUCAUGUAGUUUCAGAGUUAUCAUUUUGAAAAAAUGUGAGUGCUGCUUGACUGUAUAAAAGGUGUUUUGAGUGUUUUUUUAGUGCAUUGCUAAGCUGUUGCGGGGGCGUUAUGGGUGAUAGCUCAACCCCAAAAGUGCAUGCCAUAAUCUUUAUGAUAUUUUCAUCUCUGGAUAUGGCUCUGUGUUAUUUUUAUUUUUUUAAUUCGUUGUCUAUUCGAUUUUUCACUCAUUUUAUCAUUCUCCAGCUAAAAUGGUAAGCUAUAUAGCAAAGAAAAGUAAUAGCAAGCUUCUCUUGCACGAUUUGAGGAUGUACCACAAAUGGGACAAGUUACAUAAAUUCAUGCAUCACUCUUUUUUUGUUUGAAAGAAAUUAAUAAAUUUUUUUUGUUCAGAAAGGAUGCAUUAAAUUGAUCAAAAGCUGCAUUAAAAACAUAUAUAAUCUGAAAAAAGAUUUUUUUUGUAUCUCUAUUCAUCAAUGUAUGGAAAAAAUUCAGCUUUGCCAUCACAGGAAUAAAUUACAUUAGAAUAGAAAAUGGUUAUUUUAAAUAGUAAUAAUAUUUUACAAUAUAACUGUUUUGAGUGCAUUUGUAAUUAAAUAUAUGCAAACUUGGUAAGCAUAAAAGACUUCUUUGACAAAAAAUAACACAAAAUUGAAUUGACCCCAAACUUUUGAAAGAGAGUGUAAAUUAUGAGCAAUAUCAUUAGUUCCAUUAAUGAUUUCAAGCGUUAUUAUAAUGGCUGUGUAAAUCUAUAAUGUAUAUUUCAGACUAAAUUGCAGUACUGUUUGUUUCUGAUGUGUCAAUUCUUAAUUUGUUAUUUUUCCUGAAAAACCAUGCUGGGGCUUUUGAUAGCAUGGGCGGUAACUUGUUCAUCCUUUUACUUGAAGAUAAUGGUCUUGUUUACAUAAUUCAAUCUUCCCUCUCCCUGUGCGUAGGCCUGUGUGGGCACAACAUUUGUUUACUGCCAUUUCCUGCUGCUUGACUUCCAUUUAGAAGGAUGUUCGGCAUGCUCCACGCAUCUCUCCAGAUUUCUGUAAUGGCUGACCCUCACAGCAGUCCCCUGCCUCACUGCUGCAUGGCUUAUUUCCCAAAUGGAGAUGAGUAGCUGUUCUCUGCUCUGAUGUUGUCCUGUGCAAACAUCAGACUCUGCAGGUGGGAAUUUGAAUGAUACUGGCAUAAUUCCCUCACUUAAUCAAUGUUCUCGAAGAUAAGCACUGAGGGCUUUUUGUGUUUUUUUUUUUACACCAAUAAACUGGUACAUUCUAAGCCGAAAUAAAUAAAUGUCCCUGCAUGAGCAUACAGAAACAAUCAUAUCACAGAGUACGUCAUUUGCAGAUACUCCAUGCAUAGCUGUACUCUUAAAGAAACCUUUCACCCCAACUGAAAAUUGUCAUUAUUUACUCUGGUCUUUUCAAACUUGUUUAACUUUCUGUCUUCUGUGAAACCAAAAGGGUACAUUUUUAAGUACAUUGUUUCCACUCUUUUCAGUAUAAUGAAUGAAGAUGUGAGCUGCAGAAUUUCCAAAAUGACAAAACGGCAACAUAAGUUUAUUAAAUAAUAAAAUCCUCGUACACCUUGUGCUUCAUGAGAGUAUUCAGAUUCUGAGUGAUCUCUUUUCAGUCAGACCUAUUCAAUUUUAAUUUUGACUGUUAAACAUUUACAUUUAUAAUGCUAUACUUUGCUUUCUUACAUUGGCAUUAAAUUACAUAAAACUA